AUGGUUCGUGAUGGGAAGAAAACCAGAUUUAGAGUUGAUUCAGAUGGAGAGUUAUGGUGUGGUGAUCAUUUAUGUGUCCCAAAGGUGGAUGACUUGCCGAGGCUUAUUUUAGAGGAGGCUUAUAAUACUACAUAUACUAUACAUCUUGUAUCUACAAAGAUGUACCAAGAUCUAAAACAUAUGUAUUGGCGGGAGAGAAUGAAAAAGGAUGUGGCGGAGUUUGUUUUGCGGUGUUUGGUGUGUCAGCAAGUAAAGGCUGAACAUCAAAGACCAGUGAGGUUGCUUCAGAGGAUUGAGAUACCUGAUUGGAAAUGGGAGAGGAUCACAAUGGAUUUUGUGACUGGGUUACCCCGAUCCCGUAAGGGAUAUGAUUUUGUUUGGGUGAUAGUUGAUAGAUUGACGAAGUCAGCCCAUUUCCUUUUGGACUCUGUGAACAAGGUCCAUUUGAUUAGAGAUAAAUUGUUAGCUACUCAGAGUAGGUACAAGGCCUAUAUUGAUCAUCGUCGUCGAGAUUUGGAGUUUACGGUUGGAGAUCAUGUUUUCCUUCGAGUAUCCCCGAUGAAAGGUGUGAUGAGAUUCGGUAUGAGAGGAAAGCUCAAUCCUCGGUAUAUUGGUCCUUUUGAGGUACUUGAGCGAGUUGGAGCAGUAGCCUAUCGGUUGGCAUUAUCACCUUACUUGUCUAGUGUACAUCUGGUGUUUCAUGUGUCCAUGUUGUGA